GCGUGCGUGCGGUCGGAUGGAGCUGGUGGCCGGCAGCUACGAGCAGGUUCUGUUUGGGUACGCUGUGCACCGAGACCCUGGCGCGGGCGGCGACCCCGAGGUGAGAUACCGCGAGCUCCGGGACCAUCCGGGACCUCCAGAGAGGGCCACGGGGAAGUCGGGCAUACGUGUCCGUCGGGGAAAAACGAAAAGGGUUGACCUCAAAAAAUGGAGAGUGAACAGUUACAUACAAAAGUGCGAAGGGGACGGGGUGCAGCGGAGGGGCAGUCGGGUAGCAGUGGCGUCCGACAAUGCACACAUCGUGGAGUGGUCACCAGGGGGAGAGAGAUACGUAGUUGUCAUACUGAGUAAAAUAGAUAUCUAUCAGCUUGACACUGCGUCUAUUAGUGGCACCAUCACAAAUGGAAAGAGGAUUUCUUCUAUUACCUUUCUUUCAGACUCUGUCCUUGCAGUAGCUGGAGAUGAAGAUGCUGUAAAGUUUUUUGACUGUGAUUCACUAGCGUGCCUCUGUGAAUUUAAAGCUCAUGAAAACAGGGUAAAAGACAUGUUCAGUUUUGAAAUUCCAGAGCAUCAUGUUCUUGUGACGGCAUCAAAUGAUGGUUUCAUCAAAAUGUGGGAGCUUAAGCAAGAUAAGAAAACUCCCCCAUCUCUACUCUGUGGAGUGAACACUAGUGCCAGGUUGACAUGUCUUGGAGUGUGGUUAGACAGAGGGACAGAUGCAAAAGAGAGCUUGCCUCCAGCAGCAGAGCCCUCUCCUGUAAGUGAAGAACAGCCCAAGAUCAGCAAAAGGGUGUCUGGUGAUGUGGUUCAGGAAGAAGAAACAUUAAAACCUAAGUUAAAGAAAUGUGGCUUAACUGGUCACAGUAAAAAACUAACAAAAGGAAAUAGACUAGUGUCAACUAAGAAGAGGAAAGUGACAGAAAUGUCACAAAAGCAGAGAAAAAAGAAGAUAUAAUUGAUGCAGUGGCUCCCAGAUACCUCCUCUCCAAGAUACUCAUUUGAUGAAUCACCCUUUCCUAAUAGUUUACUUAACCAUUUUUUUUUGUCAGUCCUGGGGCUUGAACUCUGGCCCUGUGCACUGUCUCUCAGCUCUUCAGCUCAAGGCUAGCACUCUACCACUUGAGCUACAGCACCACUUUCUUAACCUUUUUUUUAACUAUGGCAGAAUUAUUUUGAGCAGAUGACAUUAUAUGGUGUUGUGUAAUUUGUUAAUUGUGUACUUUUUUUUACUGUUGUACAAAGCUAAUAAAAUAUUUUUCAAAUAUGGUAAUUUAAAUAAUGC